UUCAUAGAGAGCAGUGAUACUUUCAGCCUCCACUUCCCUCUUCUUCACAAACACACACACACACACUUCCUCUGGUUGGACGCCGAGUCGUGUGACUCGGGGAACCAGCAGCUCGAUGGAGAACGAAGACUACGUCUACGACUACACCAACUACAGCAACACGGCCCCCAAGGGGCCCUGCGACCGGGAGCAGGACAACCGGCUGGGCGCCCAGCUGUCCGUCCUCUACUACUUCAUGUUCGUCUUCAGCUUCCUGGGGAACGGGCUGGUUCUGGGCAUCAUCCACCGGUUCGAGAGGCUGACCACCGUCACCAACAUCCUGCUGCUGAACCUGGUGCUGUCCUCCCUGGUCUUCAUGAGCAGCCUGCCCUUCCUGGCCGUCUACAUGCAGCUCUCCAAUUGGGUCUUCGGCGGGGCCAUGUGCAAGCUGGUGGGCAGCGUCUACUACCUGGGCUACUACAGCUCCGUCCUCUUCCUCACGCUGCUGACCUUCGACCGCCACCUGGCCGUGGUCUACUCCCUGGGGGCGCCUCGGGUGAGGAGCCGGCGCUACGCGGCGGCGGCGUGCGGCGUGGUGUGGCUGGUCAGCGGCCUGGCGUGCAUCAGACCCAUGAUCCUCCACACCACCUUCUACAACCAGCUGGACCGGAGGACCUUCUGCGAGGAGCACGGCGGCAACCUGUCCGGCAUCAGCAUCCACCAGCUGACAACGGCGGGGUUCUACCUGCAGCUCUUCCUGUUCCUGGUCUUCCCUCUGCUCGUCAUCGUCUACUGCUACGUCCGCAUCGCCAUCACCGUCGUCUCGUCUAAACUCGUCACCAAGUUCCGGACGGUGAGGCUGAUCUCCGUCAUCGUGGUGCUGUUCUUCGCCUGCUGGACGCCGUUCAACGUGGUCCUGCUGCUGCUGGAGCGCAGCGAGGCCCUCGGCUGCGAGGAGUCCCGGCGGCUGGGCUACGCCCUGCAGAUCACCCGCAUCAUCACCUACUCCUACUUCGUCGUCAGCCCCGUCUUCUACACCUUCGUCGGCCAGAAGUUCCAGAACUACUUCAGACAGCUGAUGGCCAAACGCUUCCCGAGUCUGAAGCAGGAAGUGACGGUCAGGUCCAACUCGUCCACCAAAGCCACGCCCAACGAGCUUUAAUAGAGCAGGAAACCCUGCUGUGCCUGGUAUUCCUUCAGAAUAAAGGUGGAUCAAUACACUCAGAGUCAGGAUAAUGAGAACAAACGCAGUGCCACACGGAAACAUCUUCGACUUUAGUCUUUUAUUGUGAAGCCCAGAGAUCUGGAUUAAAUUCCAAACUGGACUGGUUUAAAAAAACUGACAUGAUUUUUGUUGCUUUUAUUGUUGUUUGUAGCUAAUAGUGGCAGAUGAAUAGUAGUUGUAGCCUUUAAACUUGAGUGGGUGACUGACCGUCAUAUUUGUCCUCAUCCUGUUUUCAUUUUUAUUAAAUUUUAUUUAGAAAUUUAUGAUAAUGUAAUUUCACUGAUUUUUCAGUUUUUAAUGUAAUAUUAAGCGUUUAUUUGAAAGAGAUGGUAUUUUUCAGAGCAAUCUGCUGCAGAGGUCCGAGUGUUUCCAGGUUCAAGCUCCUCCCACUAAAUCUGGCUCCUUUUGAUUGGUCCUGUUCUGAAAACAAAGGAAAGUCAUACUUCUGGAUAGAGAUGUGGUUGGGAUCACUCUGAAUAUCCCUCCAAAGGAUUUAAUCAGUUUAUUUUUCCAAAAUGAGAAAAGAUUUAUUUUUUUUUUACAGGAAAAUCAAAUUUGACUGGGAAACCAGUCAUGCUGUAUAAAAAUGGAAUUGAACGAAGCAGACUGAAGAAUCUGAUCUUGAUUAUAAACUGUUGAGUUUUGUCUGGUUCCCUGUUGAAUACUGGAUAAUUUCAGUUUGAUUAUUGAUGUAAAUUUCCAGUUGACGACGAUUUCUUUGGCAAUUUAUCUCAUGAUUUUCUAUAGAAUUGACUUCCUGUUCAUUCUGCUGAUUGUCAUUAUUUCAAGCAUA